AGGAAUAUGACAAAGAAAAUAUCCAACCAAAUCAUGAAUAUGUACCAGGUGAAUACACUGAAAAAAAGUACCAACAUCCGAGCCACGAUGAGCUAGUUGCCAAUCGCUAUCCUACCGAAAAACCGCUUCCAAAUGGUUUUCCAAAAAUUAGAGAAGACUUUUCCAGGCCACUGGAAUCAGAAAAAAACCUUUCUAAAGAAGUAGACGAAUUUUACGAUACGCACAAACAAAUGCUACAAACCGAAGUUCCGAGAAAGGCUUCUCCAGCUACGAAGAAAGAUAGACUGUUUUCCCCAAUAAUCAAUGCUAUUUCUAAUUUUGCAAUGGCGAAAAAACUUCAUCGAGAAAAUUUGGAACACUAUCCUCUGCCGGAUACUUUAACUGACGCCAUGUAUAGAAAAAUAUUGUUGGAGAGGCAAAGCAAAGGGGAAAAGGGGGAUGAAAAACCUUUUGCUACAGGCAUUGGUUGGAAAGCUCAUUCCGGUUACGGUCCGACCAGAUGCACCAAACUAAAAAUCUACCGGCCCAAAACAUCUGCUCCCCCCAAAACAGACGAUCUCGUUUCCAGUUUCGACAGAAAAUGGCGCUUUAUUCGUCAAGCAAAAGUCACCCCAAUGGACUUGGCUAUUUGUUGGGAUUUAACACCGGAGAACCCCAAAGAUGAACCAGAAAAAAUUAAACAUUUAGAUGGCUCUAAUGGUUCUGCAGCACCGGCGGUUUUCAGCCUGGUACAUACACCAAAAGAAGAAGAAAUUGAACAAAAGUGUGAUGGAAUACACGCUUGUGGUCCUUUAUUUGACCACAGUGAAAAAGGUAAUGAAGAAAAGGAAUAUUUGUUUCAUAGAACGAAAAAUACGCCCCCUAAAAGCAUACACAGUAGUAAUAGUAGCGAUAGCAAAAAACGAAUUAAAAGUGCUGUUGAUGAUAAAUUUUCAGUUUGCUCCAAGGCGAGCGAUAUCAGCAUUAAAUCGAGAGCUAAAAGUGCUUAUAAUAUAAACGAACUUAACGCAGGUUCGCAUAGUUCUAAAGAUAACAAUAACAAUAUCGACGAAAAAAUCCAUCAAAGUACCCCAAAUCUAAGCGAAUGCAGCCUAGAAAAGCAUUGCAAAAAGUACAACAAGAUCUGCAAUAAAUUUUGUGUGGCAUGCGAAAUGAAAGGCAUCUCUCUGACAGAUAAACGACCCAAAAGCGUAUACAAGAUGGCGUUUAAGGCCGGCGUUCCACAGCAGCAGAAAACAAAGAAGAAGAGGGAAGAUUAUCCAGAACACUGGAGGUUAGCUACAGUGUAUCAGCAUUCGUAUAAGCCGAUGUAUGCUAGAAAAAGACCGUUAAUGCAAACUGUUUUUAAGUAGUUUUUCGUUUAAUUUUUAUCGAAGACAUUUCAUAGAUUAUAUCACUCGCAAUGUAUAAAAUACAUAAGCUGCUAUUUGUUUAAUAACUGCUAAUAGUCCACUGUCAAUUUGAUUAAAUCGAUAAUAUCACUCUCAGGGCCAGUCUUUUCACCUCUGAGUAAAGUUGAAAAUAACUACAUGCUGAUUAGAGUUAUGUGGCAGAUUAGCGAACCAUAGCCUUCAGUCUAAUCAGCAAGUAGUUAUUUUCAACUUUACUCAGAGAUGAAAAGACUGGCCCUAAAUGCAAUAAUUUCCAGUAUUUUUAGUUGAUUAAUAAUUAUACAGCGUACAUGAUUAAUAACUGAUAAUCAUGCCUGGUACAUAAAAUCUAAUGUGCAAGCUCGACAUUUUUUGUCUUUGCUUUUGUACAGCAAUUGAGGCGUUUAUUUUAGAAACAACAUAUGUCCAAAAUAUAAAUUUUUCAGGAG